AUGGCCCGACUAAACGAACCUCCGGUAUCUGCAGAUAGCAUCGACACAUUGCGCAGGAAGUUGUUGCGCCAGAAUAGGGAUCUCGCCAAGGCCAAUGCCGCUCAGUUGGUCAAGCUUCGCAACGUCGAGGCAGACUUCGCCCGAUCUCUGUCAGAAAACCUUCGACUGCAUGGCCGCAUCAUCGAGUUGGAAAAAGAGCUGGACGACAAUAAUGCCAGGAGAGUGGCCGAUCACGCUUUGGAUAUCAAAUCCAGGCUCGAAGCACAGCUUCUAGAAUGCAUGGGUAGGAGAUCAUCGAGAGCAAGUCUUCCGCCGCGCAGCCCGCCUCGCAGACGUCCACCACGUGAAUUGCUUAAGGAGGCGGGGGCCCAAGCGCAGGAUGACGACCGGCUGCCUACUAUUACUGAGAACAAGUCGUAUCCCAGAGCAACACUAGACCGCGAACAAAUUUUAGCCCUUUGCUCCGAAGCCGCGGACACAUCGGCCACGGCCGACACGACUGACUCCCCCGAGCUUGGUCCCCCGCCCAUGUCUCGGUUCGUUGACAGCGAAGCUGUCGACAUUGGGUCUCCCAGCCAGCCGACAGAUUAUCCUGAGCCAGAGCCAACAUCAUACAGCUCACCAGUGGCUUCACCUUCGCCGUCGCCAGCGCCCGCCCCUACAGUCAGAUCAACGUUGAAGACCGACAAGAACAUCAUCGUCCGCCCCGAUCCUACCCCUGUCGUCGAGAACGUAGACCCCGAGAAGCCGCGACCCAAGGAGACGCCGAUCAUGCCUCCCGCCGUGCCCCAAAUGUCUGCUAAGGCUGGCUCCAAGCGGAAGUACAGCAUCGGAGAAGACGCGGGCAAGACGAGCCAAACCACUGCCGAGUCGCCAAAGUCGAGAGAAGGGGCGGAGCGCCCGAUUAUCGGACGCGAACGUCAAAGCGGAAAGACGUUGAAGGAGUUGGCACAUAUAAGGCGGGAGACGAGAGAGCGCACGACAGCGCCAAUCAACACAAGGAAACCCCUGGCGGCCAAGAGCACGAACGACGACGUGACGUCUCCUAUCAAGAAUACAAAGGCAGCCGCGUGCGAGGGGAAGACCAUGGCUGAUAAGCCGAAGCCCAGAGCGGCAAGCCAACGGGCCGCGCAAAAGAUCAGGGAAGCUGAAGCCGAGGACGAGAUGGUUUCUGCCGUCGAAGUGACUAUUGCGGCUCCGUCAUCGCCCGCGCCAGUUGUUGACGUGCUUCCGAGCACCGAACCUGUUCCCCUAGAAGCUGCUCUACUCUCUCCAGCUUCGCCUGCGCCAACAUCCAGGCUGAGCCUCUCCAGCGUCAGAGACACGCCGCCUCCCGCUGAGAUAUCAUCUCACGGCGAAACAUCUCGACCGAGCAGACGAGCCCGUUCAGCUGUCAGCUACGCAGAACCCAAUCUGCGCGACAAGAUGAGGCGACCGACAAAGGAGCUGUAUGAUGCAGUGUCUGGACAGACUAGGUACCUCCAGCGCAGCGGCAGCGCCAAAUCGGACGGCACCACACCAGACGAAGUAGUAAUAAUCAAGCGCGAAUCCAUCGAUGGAGACUCCUUGGGGAAUAUCCCCGCAGCCAUUUCAUCCCCGGAGGAUGCGCCUGAAGGACAAGUCAUCUCCACCGACGCGACUGAAAGCAUGCAGCCCGUGGAACCGACAACAAGCGCAGCGAGGCCUGAUCGUAAAAAGCGGACAUCGUCGAUGAUGUCAAGGUCGAUCUCCGAGACUGAAGAUGAGAGAUCAGCCCGACUUGCUCAGGCCGGUUCCCUCGAUAGGAGUACGAGUGGCCAGCCGCGCUCACCGGCCGAGGGCGAUGUUGACCCCUACGAGUUCACCAGCUCGACCCCCGGCAGCGACAGUUCUCGUAUCGCUGAGUUGAAGGAGAACGCCCCUCCAGCCCGUCAGAUCAAGUCUUCGAGGCGGCUUUCGUCGGUUACGAGCCAGGAUCUCAAGCUUGACAGCUCGAAGGGAGCCGAGCGACCCAAGACCAGCGGAUCUAGGAAGAGGGCGUCGAUGGUCUUGCCGAAGAGAACCCGCGCGGAUGCUGAGGGCUCCGAAGAUAGCAGCUUCGAGAGCCUGGAUGGCGGCGAUAUCCAGGACUCAUCGAGAGUCUCCAUGAGAAGACGAAGGAGCAUGAUGUUAUAA